GUUUCGGACAAUUUCCCGCCGAGCGUCGUCACUGACAGCCAACCUCGAAAGCUCCGCCGCCUCCGCGCACAUUUUACUUUUUCCUGGCACUCUCUUCCGCGGGACUUUCUUCCGCUCGUCCUUCUUUUCCGCGCGACUUUUCUCCACCCGUCCUCCCAUUCCGCGCAUCAUCCCGCUCCGCGCGACUUCCUUCCGCCAGCAUGCAGCUGCGCAGCGGAGCGGUCCUCCCCGGCCCCGUGCCCGUCCCCAUAAGCGCGGCGGAGCAGCACGCGGACGGGUGGUUCCGCGAGGGCGUGCGCCUGGUGUUUGCGCGCUGGACGGCGCUGCAGCUGGCGGUGGAGAAUCAGUGGGGUGGCGGAAGGAGCGCGGAGAAGGCGCAACUCCUGCAGGCGGACCUCGUGCACUUCUGUUACAGCAAGCGCGGUGCGGUGUAUCCGGACGAGGUGGAGGAGUGGCUGGACGAGGCGACGGUGAAGGACUUCAACAUGGAGGUGGAGGACGGGAGCCUGAGAGAGGUGGCGGAUAAGGUAGUGGAAGUGUUCAAGUCGUGUCAAGAUGGCAGUUUCACCGUUGUGCAGCAGCUGCAAGCAGCAGAAGCAGCAGCUGCUGCAAAGGGACGGCAUUCGGCCCUGCAGCAAAGCAAGGCGGCCAAUCGCAAUGCAGACAGCGAUGACAGUGAUGACGACGUGGAGGAAGUGGAGAAUGGAGGAGCCAUGGAUGAAGAUGGCCCAGGAAGGAGUGCCGGGAUGGGAGUGUCUGGUUCAGGUGAUCGUAGAGCCGCAAAGGAAGCGCCUCAAGAGCAACUGCUGACACAAGAGGAAGUGGCGGAUGGAUGGGAAGUGGCACCAACUAGACGGUCUCGCAGGCUUUCAGGAAGAGGAGCGGGGAAUGUAUGACGUUUUAGCAAGGCCUAGAAUGGUUCAAGAUUGUAGCCACUUGUGAUUGUUAUAAAAUCCUGGAAAAUGUAGAUGUUACUCUAAGCUUGUGACU